UCGAUCAGGAAGUGAAACUAAAACUGAGAAGUAGCCCACAAGAUCCUGCAGCAGCACACCCUAAGAGGGGCUCAGACCUGAGCUGCUGCAAAGCCUGUGGGCCCUUGGUGACCAGGGAUGUCUACACCUUCAUUUUCUUCCUCUGAAGACCAAAAGAGCGACUUCUGUAGGUAAAAUCUGAGUAUAGUUAUAAUUUCACACUGUUGAGCAGCAGGCCUACCAAAGGUCAUCCAGCACUGUAACCAGUCCUCAUGCUGAAGGAAUCCCCAGAAGAAUGUUGGUGUCCCCACAGAAUCAAGUGAGAGGGGUCUUGGCUGUCCUGAAAACCUCUUGCUGUUAAGAAUCGCAUCCCCAAAGUCCCUCAAGCACCUCUCCGCACCAGAGCUGCGAUGCACGAUGGCAUCAGGAGGCAGUACAGAGAACACAGUGACAAGUCUACUGUGGGACACCCUGAAGUUCCUGGAGAAGCAUGACUUCUGGAAAUUCAAAAGGGAACUCAGCAAGUUCCAGCCCAGGGAGGGGUAUGAACGCAUUGACCUGGAGAGUGUGGCAGGGCUGUCACCAGCUGCACUUGCCACCCUGCUGUACAGCCACUACGGGAGGUCCUACUGCGUAGAGGUGACAGUGGAUGUGCUGAGAGCCAUGGGACAGGUGCACCAGGCCAAACGUCUCCUGGACACGCUGCAAACAGGCGCAAGGUUUGUUGAGCAGAACAAAGAGUUUAUAAUCCAGCGAGCCAAUAAUGUGGGAGGGACUAUCGAGGAACUCCUCCAGGAAGGUGUGCUGAGCUCCAAGCAGCAUGAUAGCAUCAUGGCGGAGAGUACCAACCAGAAGAGAAUGCAGAAGCUCUAUGAACUUGUGCCAGUGUGGGAUGCCACAGCCAAAUAUUGUCUGUACAACGUGCUGAGGAGAAAUAAUCUCUCCCUCUUCUUGCAAUACGCAGGAGAUGGAUUGACCCACUACUCCUCGGCAUUUGAAGGCUGGAUAGUAAAUCUGGAUGCCUGGAUAUCUAAUACACAAGCUUCAUUCUACGGCACAGUCUCAAAACUGAGAGAGCAGGUGGGAAAGCUGUUUCCAUUCACAACUCCUGCACGUCCAGAAGACAAGCCUUUUGAUGUGGAGAGCAGCAGUGGCAGAGGCUCAAGUCCCAAAUGCAUGGCAUGCUCAAGUCAAGAGGAGGACGGGGCAGAAGAAGUGAAACCAGAGAUUACUGGGGGCAAAGAUGGCAAGAAAGAGAUAUACAGAGCUCAUUUUCCUCGGGCUGGCUUCUUCCGGUGCACUGAGACAAAGCUCAAGUUCUUAGUGAGGAUGGCCACCACAAUUGAGUAUGAGUACUCCUUCUGGGAAAGUCACCUGCCUGCAGGAAUCCCCUCUGAAUGGAUGGAGGCUGGACCCGUGUUUGACAUCCGUGCUGAACCACGUGCUGUUGAGGCCAUUCACCUCCCACACUUCCUGUGUCUCUCAGAGAGGAAGUUAAGCGUGUCUGGGAUGCAUAUUGGCCACCUUGUGGAUGGGAACUUGUGCCUGGAGAAUCCUGAAGCAGUGACGCCAUUCCAUGCAGUGCUGAGAGACCCCAGCUUCUCACCUAUGGGUGUCAUCUUGCUUUCAGCCUCGUUCCCCUUCAUACCUGUGCACUGCCUUGUGCUGCUCUACCGUGUCAUCAGGGCUGCAGACAUCACCCUUCAUCUCUACCUCAUCCCCAACAAUCAUGGCCUGGAGAAGGCAGUGGAGAAGGACGAGAAGAGACGGGGCCAUUCCUUCCUGGUGGACAAACCUCCUCACACCUCCCAGCCACUGAAGUUUAACACACGGUACCGUGUGUCCAGUCCCUCUGAGGCAGAGAUAAACCCCCAAGAGCUGAAAUUCAUCUACCUGACUUCAGGCAGCCGCCAGCUCUACACCGAGAUCUACAGCAAGGACCUGCAGGAGGGAAUGCAGCUCACCUUGACAAAGGUGUCACAGGAGAGCAAAAUGGAGCACAGCCCGCUCUGGGCCACCUUCCUGAGAGCAGGAGACAUCGAGCCACCAGUUGCCUUUUCCACAUCAUUGUUUUCAGAUCCAUCACUCAUGGAGCACCAGCCAUCCUCUUCUGUCCAGGCCCAACAAAAAGGGCUGCAUUUUGUGGAGCAACACCGAGAGCAGCUGAUCCAACGUGUGACAUCAGUCAGCCCUGUCCUGGACCAACUCUAUGGGCGCGUCCUGACCAAUGAGCAGUAUCAGAGCAUCCGAGGAAUGCCCACACCGCAGGAGCAGAUGCGGCUCCUCUACAGCUUCAUGCCAAGCUGGGAUGUUGCCUGCAAGGAUCUGUUCCUUGAUGUGCUGAAGAAAACCAAUAAUCACCUUCUCCAGGACCUCCAGGGUCAGUGAAAUCCAUCUCGGGGAGGCUCUGAGAGAGCACGGCCCAUGGAGGAUGUGGGAAAGAUGAGUUUCUGGAUGAGCUCUAUACCACUCAGGGAGACCUCGGUUUUUUACAGUUUCUUAUUGGGUACUUUGUUUCACCUUCACUGGGUGUGACCAUUAUGGGGCUGGAAGAUACUAGAUUUGGGAUGGGAUGUUUCAUUAUAGCCUCAUUCCCACAUGUGGAAAUGUGUACAUUGUUUUCUAUGUAAUUUGCUCUUAGUGAGCGUAAAAAUCAUUUCCAGGGCGGUUUCCCUCUCUUGCCAACACCAGCACAUUAUCACAUUUGGUACACUUGUGGCUAAGUUGUUCCCUUUUCACUCAUUCUUCCCAUAUUUCUGAUCAAUUAUUUCUGAUUCCUUGUCUCUGAAGGACAACGUUGAGACUGAACCCACUGUUUCUACUUUUUGUUUUCCCUUGGUGGACUAUGAGUGCACUGUCAGCAGGAAUUUCUUCCAUAGACCAAGAAGUGUAAGGUGACCCUUCUUCCAAUCACCAUUUGACUUAUUUCAUUAAAAUUGACCAUUUUUGAUUCA